ACGACCGGUGCAUUCCUGCGAGCGUCAUUCACUGCGGUCGCGAGCCGCGUGCCUGGUCGUCCAGGAGAGUUGCCGUCGCGCGAGAUAACUUCCGUCGACAUGCCGUUUACGUCGACUCUCUUCGCAUUUUUCGACGCGCGCCGUUUGCUGUGUCCCAGGUAGAUACAACACUAAGCACUUUCCGGCUAUCGGAUCGGCCGCGCGAUCUCUUCCCACAGCCCCUACACAUACACCCUUUCUUCGCCCGCCUCGGCCGUCGUGCUCGCGAUCGAGCGCGCUAAACAGGCGCGGAUAUAGACGGGAUAUAAAAAUAGACGGCGACGACCCAAGAUAGAUGGGAGUUGCCGGAAGUUCGAGAAGUGUGACAGGAUGAAACGAUGAGGGAGGCGCGAUCGCGACGGUGAAAUACUGGACGCAACACUCGAGGAAGGGAUAAUACGCAGUGAGAUAGUACGAGUACUCUCGCGCUUUAAGCCGCGCGCUCGGUAAUUUUCACGGUGAAUCCGGCUCGUCUGCUACAGCAUCCCGAGGAACUUCGCGACGCGCGGUGGCAUGAGGAAGCGUACGGACAGCACGUAGCGACUGGCCCUUCUCGCUUCGGAGAUGCGGCGCUAUCCACUGCAUAUCAACGUCGCCCUCACCGUCGUUCUACUGGCGACUCGUGCGAUCGUCGUCGUGCGUGCCGGCGAACAAGAGAGGGAGGUCUGGUAUGAAGCGGCGACGAGGGCGAUCGAGGCGCGGAUCAGGGCGGCCGCGAGUUCCAGCGUCAGCGGCACGACGCCGCCUGCCGGGGUGGCGCGAGGCGUCGUCCUCUUCGUCGGCGACGGUAUGGGGAUGAGCACCCUCACGGCUGCGAGAAUCCUCUCGGGUCAACGUCACAAUAACCCGGGCGAGGAAGCGCAGCUAGCGUGGGACAGCUUUCCGGCGGUGGCGUUGGCGCGGACAUACAACAUGGACGCCCAAGUUGGCGAAUCGUCGGCAUGCGCGACGGCACUGCUCUGCGGAGUUAAAGCCAAUUACGAGACUGUUGGGCUGGAUUCGUCCGGGCGCUUCGAGGAGUGUUACUCCAGUUUCAAGGCGCGCGUCCCUUCGCUUAUUAAUUGGGCCCAGGAUCAAGGCAAAUCGACGGGACUAGUUACAACCACCAGAGUUACACACGCGACACCGGCGGCUCUUUAUGCGCAUGCAGCUAGCCGUUACUGGGAGGACGACGGCAAGGUACCACCUGCUGCACGUACCUCUUGCAAAGACAUCGCGCGUCAGCUGCUCGAGGACGAGCCCGGCCGUAACAUCAAUGUGGUGCUCGGCGGCGGCAGGCGUCACUUCGUGCCGAAGGUGACUCUGGACCCUGAAGAGCCGGACAAGGAGGGCAGACGACUAGACGGCCGAAAUCUGAUCGAGGAGUGGUCCAGGAACUAUCGUCUGCGGAGCAUACCCGCGAGAUACGUUGCGAACAAGGAGCAAUUCGAGAACGUGGAUCCGCGGAAGGUGAACCGCCUCUUAGGUCUCUUCGCCUAUUCUCACAUGGACUUCGACGUUGACCGGAACACAAACGACACCGGCGAUCCCUCUCUAGCCGAGAUGACGAUUAAGGCGCUUCGGAUACUGGCGAGGAAUCCCGAGGGAUACUUCCUCUUCGUGGAAGGUGGAAGAAUCGACCACGCUCACCAUUACAACAACGCUUAUCGCGCGCUGGAUGAGACCCUGGCGUUGGAGGAAGCCGUCCAGGCGGUUAUGAAGGAGGUCGAUCUCACGGAAACGCUUCUCGUGGUAACGGCGGAUCACUCGCACGUGUUAACCCUGGGCGGACUGGCGACGCAUCGCGGGAAUCCCAUUUUCGGCUCUGACAGCAAGGUGUCGGACGUUGAUGGACAGCCCUAUACAACGUUGCUGUACAGCAACGGCCCGGGUUACACACAGCCGCGGAACAUCCUGCGGGAGGCUGGGAAAGAUUCCAUUCAGACGGCGGGGGUGCCGAGGGCGUGGGCGACGCACGGCGGCGAGGACGUGCCGGUGUUCGCGAUCGGGCCCCUCGCGAGCACCCUGUUCUCCGGCAGUGUCGACCAGAGCUACAUCCCGCACGCGAUCGCCUACGCCUCCUGCCUGGCCCAUCACGCCAGCCGUUGCUCCCGGGAUCCUACGAACAACGCCAAUGCCAGCGACACAAUGAACGCCGCGCCGAUAAGCUGUCCCUCGGCGGAGCCCAACAGCGCGGCGAUAUCCAGCGACGUGAUGAACGACCAGGCGCGAAAUCCAUCCACGAAAUCCGCCGCCGGGCCGCGUCGUUCAUCGGCCGGCCCGUCGUCGUCGUUACUACUGCUGCUGCCGGUGUUGUUGCUCUCGCUGUCGUCCGGCGUUGUCCGCCCGAUUCCCCGGUGUCCCUUCGGAAGGACGAGUUAAUGCGGCCCCCUCUUUCGCGUUCGAGGACUGGAAGGGCUCAAGCCCCCGUGACGUCGGUGGUACAUGACACGGCGGAGGAAGCCGGCCGAAAUAGCCGCAUCCUGGCGGCCGCCUAAUAAAGGUCGACGCGCGCAGUGACCGCAGUGUAAAUUUGACGGGGCCGGCCCGCUCUCUCUCUCUCUCUCGUUCCGAACGAGUAGUGAUCGUUGUGCGUCUCCCUGUGACCCGUUAAAUGGGUCGUUUGCUCUCAGCAACGUCACUCACCGCAGAGGUCGCCGAGAAACGUCGCCGGUGCGUGCCAACGGUGCGAUAUAGCGGCGACGCGCAGACUUCGGGGAAGCAGCCGUAGAAAAGCUGCGUGAGGAAGAGAGACAGCUUCUCGAGGGCGAUAUAACGGCGGAGGAUCCUUCAUCACCGAUCUCCUCUCCAGGAGGAAGCGUAUUUGCAUUCCUCGUGAGAGUCGACGGCCGACAAAUGACGACGGAUCGGGCGUCCGUGGACGAACGCCCGAGACAAAAAGAAGAUACGCACGCGCGACGUAUCCUUAAUCCUCUCAUGCAUCCUCGGUCUGCUAUCGGGACGAUCCAUCGAUUCCGCCUCCCGUCUCGUGUAAUCAUUUUUAAUUUAAUUAUAAUUGAUACAAGUUCUUGUUUGAAGUUCGCUGCCCAAGAAUUCCGCAAACUUUCCGCAGCUUCUUCGGCGCGAAGAGAGUUAGCGAAUUACAGAAGCAGGAUCUUCUGUUCUCACGCGUUAUUCCAUAACUUUCGCUGAAGGAAAUUGUAGAAUUUCGUCAUGCAAUUUUCGCCCUUUCGGUUAUCGACGAGCUGCGCUUCGAAUUUUCGUACUUAAUGCCGAUUAUUUAGCGCGAAUUUGUUUUUAAACUCUUAGCUGUGGCGCACGUUAGGACAAUAUGUGAUUUUUCCCUAGGACAAAAAGUGAAAACGUGAAAAGUUACGUGAGAAUUAUCUAGACGACAAACGUCCGUUGCACAGAAGAAAGUAGUGCCUAGAAUCAAGUAAACGUAAUCAUAUGAUUUUUUUUAAUCCCUUAAAUUAAGUUAUAUUUUUA